CCCCGAAACUUAUUUUAAGACCUUGAAGCUCCCCUGCCCAGCCAAGAUCUGAUAACUCCCAACCACUACUUUUUUAUCUGAUCUUGUCUCUUUGCACGACGACGUCAUUUUGCGUGCAGCAUUCAAUUCAAUUGCGCGCGCUGCGAACAUUGAUAACGUGCCUUGAUUAUUAUUAUACAUUAUACGUACCUACACACUCCGCGCGACACUGUUGCCUCCUACCGCCAUCCUCGCGGCCCCUCCCUCCACUUCUUCUGUUCUACCAUUCCCAUCCCAUCCUAUCAAGCAAGCCACAAAAUGUCUGCCCUCAAAACCCUCUUCUGGAACGUCAAGACGCGUGACCGCAAAGCCUCCCUCUCAUUUACAAAAGCCCCCACGGAAGACAAAUUAUUCGAAGUCACAAACGAAGCCGUCGACGGGCCAGAGUGUCUGCAAGACUGCUCGACAUGCACGAUCAAAUACCCGGCCAAGUUCAGCAUUGACGAGACGGAGAAGCUGUACGGGCAUGUCAAGGGGUGGAGUACACACUUGAUUGUGGGCACGGGGAAGAGCGAUUGGGUGCGUGAUGUGGCGGAUGAGAAGGGUAGUGUGAUGGAGGCGGUGGAUAAGGGGGAUGUCAAGGCUGUGAAUGGGAAACUCAUGCUGUCCGCCUCGAAUAUGCCUCGCCCCGACCACUGCGACUACCCCAACAACACACACGAAACGCCCUCGACCGUCCUCCUUCUCCCUGCCUUCACCCUCAUCGACAACGUCACCCCGUCCACAGUCCCCGACCUCAUAACACAUUUCGUGAAUGCCGGACCAACGAAUACUACGCCACUGGCUCACAACUCUAUACCUGCUCUUCCAGUCGACUCGCCACUCAGGUCGCGUCCGUGUCCACACGACUACCUGAUCUUGCUGUGUAGCCAGAAAACACGCGAUGCACGCUGUGGACAAUCGGCGCCGCUAUUGCGGAGGGAGUUUGAGAGGCAUCUACGUCCACUGGGCAUGUAUCGUGAUUUGACAGACGAGAGGCCUGGUGGCGUCGGUAUUUACUUCAUUAGCCAUGUUGGUGGCCAUAAGUUUUCGGCGAACGUCAUGAUUUAUCGGCGCGCGGGCAUGGGGCGGGAGAGUGUGCACGAGCGGAAGACGUCGGUCGUGGAGGAGGAGAAUGCAGGGACUGCUACAAGCGAGAAUGGUGUGAAAGCUGUACCAGCUGUGACCAUGGGCGAAGAUGAUCCAAGUGUCGAGACGCCAGCGGUGGUAGAGGCGUCGAGAGAGGCCGGGCAGUGUAUCUGGCUUGCGAGGGUGCGGCCGGAGGACUGUGAGAAUAUCAUCAGAUACACGGUUCUCCAGGGUAAGGUUGUAAAGCCCCAGAGUCAGCUAAGAGGUGGGUUUGAUAGAGAAAGGCAACUUACCAGCUGGUAA